ACCACCAUCUGACUGCUUUACACAGUAUAAGGUUCAAACAAGAGUUUCGAUCAUUAAUAAUGACAGCAAAAACAGAAUCAACCCUCAAGUUUGUCUCCUGGAACACAAAUGGUCUCAAAUCAAACAAUAAGUUUUCCACCUUGUUGAAAAUUCUUAGUGACAUCCAGGCUGAUGUUGCCUUUAUACAAGAGACACAUGUUGGGCCAGAUUGUUAUAAAAAAAUCUUGAAAAAUCAUGAAGGCUGGAACGUCUUUUUCACUGUGCACAGCUCUAAAACAAAAGGAGUCGCAAUACUGAUAAAAAAAACUGUAAAAAAAUUUAAGUACAUAUGCCACGAUGAGGACUGCAAUGGAAGUUACAUUGUGCUUUUCUGUCAUCUGUUUGGUGAACUUCACACCCUUGUUAAUGUGUACAAUCAUAAGGCAGACAAAUUUUUCUUGGCUAAAUUGAAAGACUAUCUGGUGGAAACAGCUGAGGGUGUUCUAGUGGUUGGAGGUGAUUUCAACACGGUUUUACAUCCCAGCUUCGAUCGGAAAUCUUCAAGUUCUCAAGCAAGACAUUCACCAUUUAGAGAAUUUCUUGAAUUGUUCAUUGUUUCUCUCAAUCUCAGAGACACUUGGUCAUACUUACGACCGACUGAUUGGGACUAUACACGACGUCAGAACAACAGUUUCUCCAGGAUAGACAUGUUUUUGCUUCCAGAACACAGAAUGGAACGUGUGCGUACUAUCACUGUAAAGCGCAAUAUCACUGAACAGCCAAGUUUUUCUGAUCAUUUUCCUCUUGUACUAGAUCUUACAGUUCGGCACGAUACUGAAGAAAUACUUCCGAAAGUUGCCUCAGUGUGGUGUAAGCCUUAUGAACCUGACAACAGACCAGGAAAGAUUAGUGGCGCAGAAAUAGUGAGUGUCAUUAAGUCAUUGACGGAAUCAGAAAAGCUGCCACUUAAUGGAAAGGAUGUGAAAAAGUUUAAAAAACAGUGUUGUCAACAGAGUGAGGUCUUAAAAUAUGAAUAUAAUUCAAUGAUGGAGAACAAAAUGAAAUAUGAUCAUUCAGAAAACAGACACAUCUGUAAUAUUCAGAGUUUGAUAUUAUCACAAAUUUUGGCAAGGCGCCUCAGUGCAUUUAAUUCUUUCAAGGGCAAGAAAAAAAUGGACCAUAAUAAAUGUUCUUAUGUAAAAUUUCAGAAAGGCCAACAGAAAAUCAAAUGGUCUUUCCUUGAGCACAUUGUUAAGAGACUACAUCCUGAGUUUGCCAAACAUGCCCUACCCCCAGAUUUCAGAUUUCUGAAUUUCCUUCUUCCGAAAGACCCAAUCUCUUCUGAGUUUAGACUUUUGGAGUCUGGGUAUCCACUCACUAAUGCAAUCAUUAGGCUGGCUCUGAAAGAGCUGAAAGUGCUAGUUUCAAUUAAUUUUUGUAAGGGAACUGUUUGCUAUGAAAGACAGGUGCUGUGCAUACAUACAGAACUAAAUUCUGAUUUUCAGAAUUUUUUCAUGACCUGUAUCCAAGAAGAAUCAGGACUUAAAAUAAGCUUUUAAACAUUGAAGAGUCUGCCACAGAUAAAGACCAUCAUUAAAUCUUUAUUUCUUACAUACAAAGUGAUCUUCAGUUAUGUUACUUCAAAAGAUCAAUUCUGUUUACUUUACAUCUGUUUUACUAAUUGGGAUUGUUUAUUUCAAUAUCAAUAGUUUUGAUGGCUAACGUGAUUGCAAAUGUGCAAACAGACAGUAAAUAAAAUGCCAUUUGUCAAUUUAUUUUGAGCAAGGCUUAUUGUUUAUUUGAAUAGUCAAACACCAUUUCUUAAAUAACAUUUUUCUUAACAAUGGAAAAAAUGUAUCCUAAUACAUGCUUAAAAACAAACUGAUGUAUCUCAUUUUUAUAUAUACUAAUAAUCUCACAAGCUUAAUUUCUUUGACAAAAUAUGGCAAACAUAGAUUUUUGCUAUUUAUUCUAGUCAUAGUUUUAUUAUCUUGUCUUUUACAUCUUCAUAUCUAUAACAACAUGUACAGUAUAUUACAGUUUUAUGUCCUCUGUUAUCUACAUUAAAAAAAUGUUUGCUCUUUUUGUUUUACACCUUCAAUGUACUCAUUGCAAAUAUUAAAUGUAUCUUGUCUAAUGCAGUCAGUGAUUCCAUGCUUUACAUCAGUAAAAUGACUACAAGAACAAUGAAAUUUCUUGUCAUCUGCUGUGAUCUUCUCAUGCUACCCAUUGUAAUUGCUUGAAAGCUAUCUUUGUGUGACUUUAAGUGUAGAAUGAGUGCCCUGUAGGUGAAUAAAAUGUUUCAAUAUUCUGGAAUAAACAAAAACAUAUGCUGUUUUUUCUUUAAAGGUAAAAAGGAACAAACCCUCAAUAAUCUGGAAUGUCCAUUAGUAAGAUGCAGUCUGACUCAUGACUCAUGAGUCAAUUGCCAGCCUGGUGCGGCCUUCCAAUCCAAAUACCACAAUAAGCACCACCCUAUUGCUUGCUUGCUUUCUGCCAUGGUCCAGCCUGAGUCCGACAAGGCGGCCUCUCAAGCCACUUUUAAUGCCAAGCUACAGCCUGAGGCCGUCAGGGUAGCCUGCAAUGCCACGGUUCACACCACGCUGCAGCCCUAGGCAGACGGGGCAGCAUCCCAAGACACAGUUCCAGUCAUGCUCCUCCCCCAGCCUCCCACACUAUGCGCACCCCAUGCUUGAGCCUGAGGCUGACAGGGCGGCCUCCCACGCCAUGCUGCACUUAAGCCUGAGGUCGACAGGAUGGCUUUUCAUGCCACACCACACACUGCACUCAAGGUCAGGGCAAACCGGGCUGCCUCCCAUGUCACAUUUCCAGGCCCGUCCAGGCAAUUCCAAGCCAUAGGCCCAUGAGGGGUUCUCUGACCAUGACCAAACCAUGUCAGGGGGCAACACAAAGGUCAACAGGACAGAUAAUGCCUGCCACCAGGACCAGGUGUUCAGAUGGGCAGAACAGGGGACAGACCACCGAGGGGAGACAUUGUAAAACAGCACUCCACAAUGAGUGCCUUUUGGAGUGGGUGGUUGUCAGGGUUUACCAACUUCAUUUUGUUUGUGGCACCAGCUAUGGCAUCCCCUCACUCCAUGGCCCGGUCAAGCCAGGGGACAACAGCCUUUCCAUCCUGCUCGUCAUGCUCAUGGCACAGUUUGGCAAUAUGACCUCCAUCCAGCAAUAUGUCAUCAGAGAGCUGGGUCCAGCGACCUUAACAAAGACAAUGCCUGCCUCCAGGAAAAGGAUUUCGAACGGAUAUUUGAUCCAAAUGAGUCAGACUACUGAGGAGAGACCUUGUAAAAAAACAGGUAGAGUGCCUUUGGGGGGAGGGGUGGUUAUGUCAGGGAUUCCCACCUUUGUUUUUUUUGGCAGCAAGAAGCACACAAUAAAAUGCAUGCUGGCUGCAUGGUUUGUUUUAGGUUUCAUGAGCUUUUGUUUUGUUUCUGUCUCACAUAUCUUCUUUUGAUUCAUUCGUCAUGUCCCGACAUUGGUCCUUAUAUUAACAUAUCAUUAGUUCACAGGUGUGCCCUUUUUCUGUGUUUGAUUAAUAUUUGUACAAAUACCUCUUUGGAUUCACGAAGUAACUCGACUCCCUUGUAAUGAUUACACAGCUGUUUAUGUUCCACAGUUCAUGUGCAUGGUUUCACAAUUUUGCAUCUAGUUUCAGUUUUACCCCUUUACACCUUUACCCCUUUACACCUUGCCUGUUUCACGUUUACAUUUUUGUACUUAUUUUUAAACUCAAUGAUUCGGAAUAUCUGCUUAUUUAUUUAAUAAUCACCUAUCUGUACUUGCAUCCUCUGUUUCGCUGUAAAUUUGCUCAGCAAAAAAUUAUGUGUAUUCUAUUAAAAAAAAAACACAUAUUAGUUUCAAUGAUCUGUAUUCAUUGUGGGCUCUCUGUCUAUAACUAUAAUGGUCAUGCUAUAACAUAGUGAAAUUUUUUUCUAAUUAUGUGUAUUUAGAUUAUUUCCAGAUUUCAUGUAAUUAUUAGGUGUAGAAACCAAAUAAAAUGAGUCACCUGAAUGACUAUACCUAGUUCCCAGUUCCCUAAUAAAUAAAUCUACACUGGUCCGCAAGAUUACAAACUUAAUACAAAUAUAUCUCUUGAA